UUCAUCAAACACCACUUUUUUUGUUUUAAAAUGGCAUUUUGACACAGAAACUGAAAAUUCUGUUUUUGACACGAAAUGUCGUUUCUGGAACUGAAUGACUACAAAACGCAACCUUAGUCUCUUCUAUUGUGUUAGACAAGAACUCACCGACUCCUUGGGUUAAGAGAUCUUAUAAAUCAAAUAUUCAAUGUUUCAAGCAUUAUGUGUACACUAUAUAGCUAGGUACCUUAGAAUCCUUUUUAUUGCGUAUAGCCAUAAUCAUCAAUCUUAUCUUACUAAAAAUUUUCUUGUAUUGUUUUUAUGUGUUCAUUUGUAGAUUCUGAAUCUGCUGAAGGGAUCAUUAUUUUCGAAGACACCUCUAACAGAUGUUUUUCUUAGAAAGCGAGGACUUACAUCUGAAGCCCUAAAAUUUGAUAUAGGAGAUGCAUUGCAGUCAAAGAGUAGUGGAAGUACUUUAUUCAGAUUUCCACGAGGUAUGAGUAUGAAGUUAACGAUAAGCAAGUCAAUGAACAAAGCAUCAUAUGCUGAAGCUGGCGAAGACAUGGGUAACUUUCUCCUCAGCUUCCUUACCUUGCCUCUUGGAUGGAUUUUACAACUCUUGGAUGGGAAUUCGUCACUGGGAUCCAUGGACAAUCUGUACAAGACUGUGGAAUGUUCAAAAGUUACAAGGGAUGAUAGUCUAAGGGACCUGCUGCUCCACCCUGGCUUGUGCUGUGGUUCCUACAACCCACUAGGAGUAAAUGAAACUAAUAUGCCUAAUUACUUGUGGUGUACAAGAUAUGAAAAUUUACAGAACAAAGAUAAGCCUUACACUGUCUACCUGACUACUAAGCAGCAAUCUAAUCGUGGUCGUACAAAUCAAUAUAGCCAUCAAUUAUAUUAUAGGUCUCCAACAACUGAAACAACAGGCCGAGGAUUCCUCAAGGGGCCGUCGACUUUCAUGGUGACAGACAAUUUGGGUUUCACUCCACUAGUCUCAAUGUGGAGUCUCUCUCUUCUUAAAAUCAUAGAGGGUCCCCUAGAUGACUUGGAGGUUCGGAUGAUUAGCAUCGGCGAGGAGCAGGCUUUGAAGCUAUUGACGGCUACCCUCUUAACCAAAUCGGUACUGACUGAUGUCUUCGUUAACAUUGGCCUAAAGACUCCCAAGCAAGAAAAGUAAAAACCCUUAUAAGGACAUCAUGGGAUUUAAAAUAGCCUUUAUUGAGUUCAGUGACCUUAAUUUGUGUGGGUCGUUUUAUUUAUUAGUUUGCUCAUCAGAUGUGGACUUGUGUUUGGCAUCGAUGUUAUUCCCCUUAUAGAACAACAUAUUAGUCUAUCGCAUUUCUGUAUUUUGUAUUUAUUUUGGUAGCAAGAAUUUUUAAUUUUAUUGAUCCAA